AGAAGAAACUAGCCUAUCAGGCCUGUGAGGAAAGGCGUCAAAAGGCUAUUGAAGCAAGACAUCAGCGUCUAUCUGCAUGUGAGGUACCCUCUGAUGGGGUGUUGAUCAAAUUUAAAUAUCCAGAUGGACACCUCAACAUGAGGAAAUUCAGCUUGUGUGAGCCAAUUCAGACCUUGUUUGACUUUGUGGGACAAGAUGAUGGUGCCAGUGAAAUCUUUGUGGUACAAGAAGCCACAUCAUCAAGAUCAAUUGAGAGCAGUUCCGCCGGGUCAAUAAUUGAUCAUGGCAUAAAACCAUCCUCAACUCUUUACGUACUUUGGUUUUCAAAUCACCAUGUACAGGAAAUUCUCUCAGGUCAACAAAAUGAUGGAGCUCAUGCCCCAAACCAUACAUCUCCUGGUCAGUCGUCGCUGUCUGAGCCCUCAACCCAGCAAAGUCUCUCUGUGCCCUCUCUCCAGUCUGAGCCCUCAACCCAGCCAAGUCUCUCUGUGACCUCCACCCACUCACUGCUGUUUGAGCCCUCUCUCCAGCCUCUGCCAUCUGAGAACUCUAUCCAGCCAUCGCUCACUCUGAUCUCACAACCACAAGAAAUCCUGACUGAUGAAGAACCAUCACUCCCUCCUUCACCUGUCCAGGAACCAAUCAUUGAUCUUGAUGAACAAGAGGAGACGGUUUCACAAAAUCAGUCUCCUGUAUCAACACAUCACCUUAGAGGACCUGUGGAUGAGAUUGAUCUACAGACCAUAUUGAAAAAACUGGUCAGCAAAGUAGAUGACUGCUUCUCUCCAACAAGCAACCAAAUAAAUGUGUGCAGGGACAAUGUUUUACCAUGUAGCCUGCGGGCGUUUAAACGGAAGUCCUUCGACCCUGAAGCAAGACUGGAUGUUGUCUUUGUGGAUGAAGAUGACAAUGGUGAAGGGGCAGUUGACGAAGGCGGCCCGACCAGAGAGUACCUAAGGCUGUUGAUGAGGGCCGUCCACCAAUCAAACAUCUUCGAUGGACAUGAGAAAGACCGGCAGUUGCGUCUUGAUACGCAAGCUUUACAGAGUAAACUGUACACCUGGGUGGGGAAAAUGAUAGCUGUGUGCAUCAUUCAUGGAGGAGUUGGUCCGCAUUUCUUCUCGGAAAGGCUUUUCCGGCAAAUCUGUGGAAUAGAAACGACCCCGGCCACGGUCGAUGAAGUUGGCGACCAUACUUUUAGGGAGCAGUUGAUGAAAAUACAGGAUGCAACAACAGUCAGAGAGGCAAACAAUGCAAUAACAGAGGCAGCAGAUAGUCUCAGUAUUAUAGGUGCCUUGAGACAUGUGUCCAGCCUGGAAGAGAAGGACUCCCUUGUCCAGUCAGCUGCUGACUUCUUUGUCAACGGCAGAUUGGCGACUGCCCUGGACCAGUUUGCUGAUGGGUUAAAAACCCUUGGAUUACUCAAAGAGAUGAGGGAGAAUCCGGCCGUGUUCUUCAACUUCUUUGUCAAUGAGGAAAUUCCCCUUCAGGCGAAGGACCUGUGCAAAUUAUUUGUUCCAGACUUCUCAGCGCAGGGCAGCAACCGGAGAAACCGAGAAAAUAUGACAAUCUGCUUCUGGCGUGACUGGUUGAUUGACAUAGAAGAAGGAGAAUGCAGUCCAGUCACCCUUGAGAGGGUUUUGGAAUUUUCGUCUGGAGCCUCUGUAGUCCCUCCACUGGGAUUUCCACACCCUCCUCAAAUACAGUUCAUUCAUGAAGAGAACCGAAUCUUCCCUGAAGCAAACACGUGUAUUGUUACACUAUCCCUGCCGCUGCACUCUUCUUAUGAAUGGUUUAAAAAACAUAUGAUGGAGGGAAUUUUGCAAGCGCCGACCUUUGGUCUUGCAUAAUGUUACCGUGUUUGUUUUUAAAAUUGUUCAGUGCAGGUUGUUAGAGGGCAUGCCUCUAUUGUUCCCAAUUGUUUUCUACAUUCUAGUUUUACAAGUGCUCUUUAACUUGGCACUUGUUGUUCUAAUCACAACCCCAUCACCAGAUUUGUGCCCACCCUCUGCCACUCUGCCAAUGCUGGGCCCACGACACAGGCCACAAUGCCUGUUAGUUGGGCAUCAACCACAGCUGCCAUCAAGUGCCAAGUGCACUUGCACCUUCACUUUUAAUGAUGUGGUACUCUGUUAAUGUUAUGUCCAAUUUCAUGCACUUUUUAAUAUUUUCUAUGUCCAAAUCUUACAAGUGCUCCUUGCCUCUGUGGCACUUGUUGUUCUCUUUACUGUGGUCAUCCCCACUUGCUGCACUCUCAAUAAAGUGGUCAGUGCUACAAU